CGCAUACCGCGCGCGCAUGCGCAGCAGGUUUGUUUGGUUUGUUUUGCUCUCCUGCCGCCCGGACCUCCGCUCCCUCCAGCAUGAGUGUUUUUAUCACUUUUUGGGCCUCGCUGGUCAAUAUUUUAUGCCUCCCUCUGCAUUUAAUCAAAGCGGUCGGUCUGUAUGAAGGAUACAAACGAAUCUUUCCUUUCUGCUGCAACCGAAUCACCGGAAUGUACAACAAGAAAAUGCACGAGCGAAAGCAGCAGCUGUUCCGCAGCCUGUCGGAGUUCGCUCCGGCCCGCGGGCCGCUCACCAUCCUGGAGGUCGGCUGCGGUACCGGGGCGAACUUCCAGUUCUACCCGGCGGGCUGCAGGGUGAUCUGCACGGACCCGAACCCGCACUUCCAGAAGUACCUGAAGAACAACAUCGAGAAGAACGACCACCUGACCUACGAGAAGUUCGCGGUGGCUUCUGGGGAGGACCUGGGCUCGUUCGGGGACGAGUCCGUGGACGUGGUGGUGUGCACGCUCGUGCUCUGCUCUGUCGCAGACAUCACCGCCACUCUGCGGGAGGCCAUCCGGGUCCUGCGGCCGGGGGGGGCCUUCUUCUUCCUGGAGCACGUGGCUGCCGACCCCUCCAGCUGGACCUACUUCUUCCAGCACGUCCUCCAGCCUGCCUGGUACUACUUCGGGGAUGGCUGUGCCGUCACUCGGGAAUCGUGGAAGAACCUGGAGAACGCCGGAUUCUCCGACCUGAAGCUGAGACACAUCGAAGCGCCGCUCGCCUUCAUCAUCAGACCACACAUCGUUGGCUACGGCGUCAAAUAACUUCAGAGUUUGAUGGAGGAGUCCACCGGGGAAAACCAACAGAAAAGGAACAGCAAAAUGUUUUUGGAAGGAGCUACUUGUUACAAAUGUGCCUGGAUGUUGUUUAGCAUCACUGAGUUUUGUUUAAAGGUCUACACACCAGCAUGACCGACUUGUUUGAGCUUUUGUGUAUCAUAAUGUUCUUUUUUUUUUUUU